GUCUUUCUAAGGCUGUGAACUGAACUGUCUGUGUGUUGGUGUGUAGGUGAGUCUGUCUGUUUGUGUGUGUUUGUUGUUCGUUCGAUGAUUUGAUCGGCUCAAUAUGAGUGACGAUUCUACCGAUAAAAACGUCGAAGAGCCUUCAGAAGAACUGCCACACACCUCCAAGCUGCUUUCUGGAAGUUCUCUACUUCAAAUUCAUGUCAGCACCGGAAAAAGCUUGCCAAAAGAUGGAGUCAAAGACUUCAGUCCGACGAAUUCGUGGAUGGAAAAGAAACAAAUACAGUGUGCGUUAGAUGAGCGCAAAGAAUUAUUGGAUGAAGAACGCGUUGACAAAUGGAGUUGUUUGGCUGGAGCUGUAUGGAAUCACAAAAAGAAACUUGCUGAAGUAACAAGGCGAGCUGGUAAACAUUUUCAAACUCUUGGGUUUGUAAAGGAAGGCACACUGUAUUUGUAUCCUGAGGAAGCAUUGUAUAUGUUAGAGACGAAUAGCCUGGAGCUAGAUUUUGGAGGAGUCUCAGUUAGCAUUCAACAAGGAUAUUCCCUUCUAUUAGGACCCAGCACAGGGUGUGAUUUAAAUGAAUAUAGAACAUAUUCACAUCUUAUGCGGCAAGGGUAUAGACUUUUAAGAUUUACAAAUCAAAUAGUUCAUACGAGGUAUGAGCGUGCCAUACGGCUUGAUCAACAUGCUCCUGUUAAACGCAACCACCCAGGUCAGACAGGGAAAGACAAAAAAAGUAGGUCCGACACACCAAGGAAAAUUGAAACAAUGAAGGUUGAAAAUCAUGACACUUCAGCUGUAGAGCCAGUUAACAAUCUUUCAUUACUUAAUCGAGAGGACACUCCAUGUGCCUCUGAAGAAAGUGCAAUCUAUGGUGAAGUUUCAAGAACAGCAGUGAUGAAUGAGGGUGAGGAAUUGGAGCAGCUCCAGCCUACAAAUCAUAAGGAAGACUCAACGCCAAGUCUUAUGAAUAAUUCUCCUCAAAAAAUAUGUGAAAAUUCAAAGGACCCUAAUGUUAUUGAAUCUACAAAUAAUGACAAGCAUGAUGAAACUUGGGAUGAGAGUGGAAACCAAGAGCCUACUGCUGAUGCUGCUGACCAAUCAGCAGUUGACAAAGGGGAAGAGAGGCAAGAUGCAGAGAUAAGUGACAAUGGAGAGAAAAGUGAACAAAGUCAGCAACCAGAUAAAGCAAAUUCCAGUGCCGAUGGAUUAAGAACCAAAGCAUAUGGUAUAGCCGAAACCUUGCUGUCAAUGGGUAGUGCUCUAGUACGUAAUAGACCAACUGAAGAGAACAGCAGUGGUGAUAAUACUAAUACACCUGAAAUCCUAGCUGCAACUCUCCAGUCAGAAAUAAUGAAAAUUCUAGGUGCACAACUUGAUUCAGGCGUUUCAGAAGAAGCUCUUGCCACAGUUGCUUCUUCUGCUGCCGACACUAUUUUGUCUCAUGUGUCAAAUAGUGGAAAUGAGAUCUCAGCAAAAAUUUCUGGCCAUGAAAAUAUUCUUGAAAGUGACAAAACUGAUUAUGAUGAAAUUCAAUCUCCCAAAGAGAAUAGUGUUUCUGAGGCUGCUGACAGUAGAUGUGAAGACUCUCUGACUAUGGAGACAUUUGCUGAUCCCAGUCUUUCAAUAAAUAGUACAAAUGUCGGGCCAGUUUGCACAGAUUCAAACGAUAGCAAUAGUGACAUGGUUUGUCUAUCAAUUGAUGCUGAUGGGAAUGAAAAUGGUGCUCAUUUUCAACAUUUAAAUGACCAAAAUACCGAUUCAAACGAUAGUGGUAGUAUCAUGGUCUGUUCUUCAAAUGAUAAUGCUGAAAUUGGAAAAGAAGCGGGUUCUCAACAAUUAAAACGCCCUGCAACUUCAGAUGAAACUGACCAGCUGUCUGUCUGCAAGAAAGCAAAAGUGGUAGAUGAAGAAGACAUAGAAAUAUUGGAAUAUGUACCAGAAAAAAAGCAAGUUGAAUUAGUUGAUCUUUCUGAUGAAUCAUCAAUGGAUACAUCAAAUGAUAGCAAAGUUAAUGAAGCUCACAGCAACUCCAUUGAGGUAAUUGAUGUUGGUGAUUCUUCAAGUAAUGGUAGCUCUGAACUCACAAGUUCCGACAGCAAUGACAGUUCAGUGAUAUUAGAGGAGAAAACAAGCAGUAACCAAGGGUACAGUUGGAAUAUAGAACGUAGGAAGAUAUUGGAAAUCAUCCCUAACAUGUACAACCUUCCAGAAAUGACUGUGAAGCCACCUACAGCUGACUUGCUUCCUAAAAAUGUUCAACCACAACGUUCCCUUUAUCACAUAAACCGCCAAAGGCUUGUUGAGGAUGGCAGAGAGGAUGGCGUUGAUUCCUCACACAGCCUAUCUGUUCAAGAGGAUCGCUUUGGGAAUUCAAAUGUUCCCUCCAGUGAUACGCUUUCUCCCAACUUUAUGAACCAGGGACCUCAAGUCCCUUUCGCUGCACAUGGAGGCAUGCCCCAGCAAUUUUGGCCAACCCAGUCUGGCAUCCCCAUCAGCCCUGUUGAGGCGGUCCAGGCCGUAGCCCGCAUGGUCCUGCCCAUGCUAGGACUCCCACCAAAUGUCUUCCCGCCUGAGCAGAUGGGGAUGUGGGUGCCCAACAACGCGUGGUUCCCUCACCGCCCCUGGGGCCCAGGCCCAGGCCUAGGCCCAAGAAGAGCGGGCCCCUGGCGCCCUCGCCCUGGCCCACCUCGAGGCGUUGGAGUCGGGAUGGGGAUGGGGCCACGGUUCAACCAGCACGCUUCUCGAGGGAACAACUUCCAGCGGUCCAGACCACGGCCCUAUGCUCACAGGCGUUUCGCACGCCGGUAUCCUCAUCGAGGUGGGGCAGGAGGUUCCAGCCAGAUUUGGCAGCUCUCACCACACGCUCGUCGAGGCGGUGGGGGCGGGGGUUCCAGCCAGAAUUGGCAGCACUCGCCUCAUGCCCAGGGGCAGACUCUUCUGCCAACAGAUAACUUUCCAAUGAAUCAAGUGAUCCCACUUCAGUCUACAUCUCGUCCUCUUGAAAAUGUCUCUGAGAAAACUGCAGGACCUAGCUCCUGGGAGCAAGUGAAAUCUAAAAAGCCAAGAUUACGGGGAAUGGGGAAAAGGUAUUUCAACCCACCCAAUAACUCCAAGUACAAACAUAUGCGUACAUUAUCUGACAAAAGUCAAAUUGAGGGGCAGAUGUCUGAUAGUUCAUCUGAUGAUGCCAACAGUCCAAAUAUUAAGACUGAAUCAGAUUCCAGUGAUGAUAAUAGCACAAGUGAAGAUAUGGAGCGAAAUGAAAAUAAUUCUAGUAUGGAUAACACAGAUGAAAGCUGUAGUUCACCCUCUGAGGUGAAACCGCUUCUUUCCCCACGAGAAUGUAAAGACUUUGAGUCUGUAUUCAAGUCAGUGCAAGUGAUAAAGGAAGCUGAUACUCCAAGUCUUGUUUCAACUACCUAUGAACGUCAGUUCAAGCCUCAAUUUGACUUGUUUUUGCCUAGCAAGCCAUUCCGGAAAGGGAAUCCCCCUGUGCCUGACUUUCAUCUCUGUAUCAUGAGGGCGAGUGAUGCAGUACCAGCACCUGGAGAGAUAAGAGUUUUAAUGGAGGCUUUGGGUGAUUCUGUGCCAGUCAUGUUUGCAGUUGUGAGUCCAGAUGCCAUUAGUUUCUUUCAAUUCUGUGAUGUGAGUCUUCCAUCAGUCACUGGUAGCUGUUAGUCAUAAAGACUUAAUGUACCUAAAUAUAUUUUUUUAAAUAAAAAGGUAAAAACCAGUCUUUUUAGA